AUGAGAGGCAAUUUUUCUAUACGACAUCUGCUCGGCCUGCUUCUUCUCUUCAAACCUGCUCUCAGCGAAGAAAUAAACGUCUACCCGAGUUUACCCGUCACCAGUUACGAAAAUGGCCGUUUCCCUGGAAUCUGGAAAUUUCAAGUUUCUGGCGGGGCGCGGCUCAAUCUAACAGCUUUCACAGAGGCCAAGGAAAACUACGUAAAAACCGGAUGUCCUGCUUGGAAGCUGCACAUGCGGAUGAACAGCGGCUCACCAGUCCUUGCGGAGGAGUUUUACGAAAACGCGGAAGAGAUUUUUGUUCCGCCUCCGAUGCCUUGGUUGAAGCAUGAAAUCGAUGUUGAUCAGUUGAAUGGAAACUUCAGUAAUAUGGUGCACUACAACUUGGAUUUGUCGGACUAUCAAGGGAAUCAGUUUCUCACCGUCUGGGCCGAAGAGGAGAAAUUCGAAAAGAGCACGAAACGCGAGAUUCAGGACAAGUGGGGACUCUCCACUUCCUGCAAGAAGACGAUUCAGUUCAACCUGACUACCGACAUUGUGGAGACGAGCGAGAAUGAAACUGGAAACGAUACGGUUGACAAUUCUGGAGCAAUAAGUACUUCAGGGUUUGAAGCGCUUUCGAAGAAGUAUUUGGAGACUCAUUCGGCGAUUUUUUACAAUAAUGUUUCUGCUCCGGAGAAUGGCGUAAAAGUGACCUGCAAGAAUCAAUUCUACUUCAAAGUCGAUGAAGUCUUUGACGUCGGCGCAACAAUCCAAAUCCGCUCUGCCAACUCAACCUACUCAGUUUGUCUUAACCAGGCUCCCGACGAAUCCUGCCCAGAAGAUGUGACGCUAGAAAGUGGAAAGUCUCUUUACGUGUCGAUGCCAACUCCUGGCAUCUGGUUUCUGCGAGCAUCUGAUGUCGCUUGUCAAAAUGGAACUCUUGAAUCAAACGAUUUGAACAACGCUGGAUUGAAUGUAACGAUCGCCGGUUGUCCUGAAAACUGUGGGGAACUAGACGGCCGUGGAAGCUGCAAAACGUACUUUACAGAAGGAGCAGUUUUGCUAAGCACUUGCAAGUGCAAAGCAGCCAUAUUCAUCGCUGUCCACCGACGUUACUGGCAGGAAGCGUUCCUUUUUACAAUCGCCAUGGGAUGCAGUACAAUGUAUCACGCAUGCGAUCAGUUCUCCACUCAGAAGUACUUCUGCAUCGCUGAUUACGAUACACUCCAGUUUUCGGACUUCGUCGCUUCGACCGCUGCGAUCUGGGCGACUGUUCUCUGCGUUGCCGACCUUCCCGAUCGAUGGGUUUCCUUCCUCCACACAGUUGGCAUGUUCUGUUUCGCUGUCGGCGCCCAUUUCAACCGCUUCUCUGGCUGGCUCUAUGCAACUCCCAUAAUUCUCGGCCUUGUGAUCAUCUUCUUUCACUGGUGUUACCAAUGCAAGCAGCGGCGCGACUGCUACCCGCCGAAGAGUGCCUGGUGGUGCCACAUUCUUCCUGGCUGCCUUUUUGCCGCUGGAGGUUUUCUCUCGAAAUUGGUGUUCGAAAAAGAAGGCCACCAUCCAAAUGGAAACUAUUUCUGGACUCAUACAUUGUGGCAUUGUUGCAUCGGCCUGAGCUGCGCGUUCUUACUCCCCUCGAUCAAUUACGAGGCGGAUAAAUUAUACAACCCGGACCCGAAUCUAAUAAGCUACUACAAAUCUUUUGACGAGCCUCAUUUCGAGCCCUAA